GCUCGGGCCACACGACGCGUUCUUGCCGCAUGCGUUAAAAUAAAUUGCGGUGACGCCGCAAUAACAUAUCGGGCCACACGAUGCGUUGCAUUGCGUUGUGACCGGAUGCGUUAGGUAUAUUUUUAAAAUUUUCUAAUAUAUCAAGUCUAAAUUUGGGAACUCAAAAUUAAUUUAGAAUGAAAAAUUAAUUUAGUUUCAAUCUAGACUUGGUAUCAGAAGGUCGAUAGUAUAUACCAUGUCCAAUAAAAGAUUGUUGAAAGUGUUGUGUGCGGCAGAAGCUGCUGGAGAAUUGGAUGAACCUACUACUUCAAAACGAAGAUACUGGGUACAUCCCUUAAAUUCUGAUAGAGAAAAAAAUAAUAACUUUUUAGAAUUUUAUGGAAAUAUACGAAAGCACCCAGAAAAGUUUUUCGAGUAUUAUCGAAUGUCGGUUAGGUCAUUCGAUGAACUCUUGGCUAAGAUUCGUCAACAUUUAACUAAAGAAGUUACUAACAUGCGUAAUCCUUUAAGUCCGGAGGUUAGACUGACGGUGACUAUAAGAUAUCUGUCAACUGGAACUUGUUUUAAAGCUAUGCAAUUUGAUUUUAAUAUUGGGAAGAGUACAGUAGCACAAAUUGUCAAAGAAACUUGUCAAAUUUGUUGGACAGUAUUACAACCAACAGAAAUGUCUCCGCCGACUACGGAACAAUGGCUUGAUAUAGCUGAACAUUUUUAUACAAGUACGAACUUUCCUAAUUGUCUCGGGAGUAUCGACGGGAAACACAUAAGGUGUAAAAAUCCACAAAACUCAGGUUCAUAUUUUUUCAAUUAUAAGAAAUAUUAUUCUAUUAUUCUUAUGGCUGUAGUAGAUUCAAAUUUAAGUUUUGUUUGUAUUGAUGUCGGGGCAUUUGGACGAGAAUCUGAUUCUAAUGUGUUUAAGCAAUGUCCAUUUGGAAAAAAAUUGUAUGCCAAUCAGCUUAAUAUUCCCGAACCUAAGUGCUUACCAAAUACCGAUGACUCUCCUCAACCUUACGUUUUUGUUGCUGAUGAAGCUUUUGCACUGCACAAAAAUUUACUCAGACCAUAUCCAGGCCGUGGGCUUACAAAUACUCGUCGUAUAUUCAAUUAUAGGCUUUCGAGAGCAAGAAGGACGGUUGAAUGUGCAUUUGGCGUACUUUCAAAUAAGUGGAGAGUGUUACAUACGCCACUAUUGGUUGAACCAGAUUUUGCGGACGACAUCAUAAAAGCUUGUUGUAUACUACACAACUUUGUCCGCAAAAGAGAUGGUUAUAAUUUCGAGGACAUGGAUACUAGCUAUUUGGUAGAUGGUUUAUCUAAUAGAGGACCGGGAGUACGAUCUCAAGGAAUUGAGGUCAGAGAUUCUUAUGCAGAGUAUUUCAUGGGACCAGGAUCAGUACCAUUCCAGUAUAACAAAAUAUAAAAAGACAACAUCUACCUAUGAGUUAUUAAUAAUACUUAUUAAAAUCAAUAAUUAGUUUUUAUUUAUUUAGGUAUGUAUUUUAGAAUAUUAACAUUUUAAAUAUGUAUAACGUAUGUUGUAUGUACUUACCUAUUUUGAUUUAAAUUAUUAUUAAUUUUUC